GAAAUCUCUCUCAUCUCCACUCUGCUGCCAGUGGUGGCGUUUUAUCUUUUUCUUGGUUUCUGGAUGUUUUUGAGAACAUUUAAAUCCCUGCAGCAUGCUUGUUUACACUAUACGCCCUCUUAUAUAUUGGGUGUUGAUUUUAUUUUUACUAGACUGUAUUAUUUAUUUUAUUGCAUAAACGAACUGCAAAAUCCAUUUCUCUCACAGAACGCUGUUGCUGUAUAUGUUGGUGUCAGUGAUCUUUUCUUCUCCCAACAGCUGUUAUCACCACCGUUUCCAAUUGGCUGCAGACUUGGAAGGUGUGGUCUGUAUCAAGGAUGCUGCAUCCAUUGUCAUACCGUCCACUUUAAUGUUGGACAGUAAACUGUAAAGGAGCCAUUACCGCAUGUGCUCGUUAUGUUUUGAACGUUGUUUCAUUUCUUUUUCUUUUUUUUUUUUAAAUUCCUUUUCCUUUUCAGGGAAUGCGUUUCCAUUUUUCUUUCUUAUUUCCACCUGUAGCAGGAUUGAGGACUUGAUCAACCUUCUGAAAAAAUGAAAGCAGCUCCGCGAUCAUUCCAGCUCCGCAACUUGGGUUGAACUUUAAAGCAGAAAAGGGAAGCGCUAGUCCGGCAGGGCAGGGAUCGUUACUUUGAUGACAGGGAGAGGCGAGCGCUUCUUCUGGCCACGAUCACUGGCACCGUGCGCCCCUCGCCGUGCGCGUAAGCUGCUGUGUGGGAUCCUCGCAUUAUGAGACGCGAUGGCAUGGUGUGACCGAGGGGUUCAGACUUUACUGGCUGUCGUGGGAGCCUUCGCCGCUUUUAGCCUCAUGACCAUCGCCAUCGGGACCGAUUACUGGCUUUACUCCCGGGCGUACAUCUGCAACGCCACUAAUGUCACCACCGACGAGAGCCAGAUGCAAACCAAGAAAGUCCGAGGCGACCUGACUCACUCUGGACUAUGGAGGAUCUGCUGCAUAGAAGGUAUCAACAGAGGCAGCUGUUUUCGGAUCAAUCAUUUUCCAGAGGAUAACGACUACGACACAGACAGCUCAGAGUACAUCUUACGUAUAGUACGUGCAUCGAGCCUAUUCCCAAUUCUCAGCACCAUCCUUCUGAUGUUGGGAGGCCUGUGUGUUGGGGUUGGACGCAUCUAUAGCAGCAAGAACAACAUCCUGCUUAGUGCAGGCAUCCUGUUUGUGGCUGCAGGCCUGAGCAACAUCAUUGGUAUCAUCGUUUACAUCUCCAGCAACGCCGGAGAUCCCAGUGACAAGAAAGACGAGGACAAGAAGAACCACUACAACUACGGCUGGUCCUUCUACUUCGGCGCACUCUCCUUCAUCGUGGCCGAGUCGGUGGGCGUUCUUGCAGUCAACAUUUAUAUCGAGAAAAACAAAGAGACGCGCUUCAGAGCCAAGAGCGACUUCAUCAAAACGACCUCAUCCUCUUCGCCGUACUCUCGCAUACCAAGUUACCGCUACCGACGACGGCGCUCACGCUCAAGUUCGAGGUCAACAGACCCGUCCCGUGAGCCCUCCCCGGUGGGAAUGAAAAUUGGUGGAGGAAGUGGAGGCGGAGGAGGCUUGGGGAUGGGUUUGCCUAUGGGGGAUAUAUCCCUGUACGCCCUCAGCAGAGACCCUUUGAAGGGCGGAGGUGGUACCGCAGGGCCGUAUAGUCCUGAGAGGGACCGUGGGUUUUUACAAGUCCACAACUGUUACCAGAAAGAUGUGAAAGAUGGAGUGAACAGGAGGACCACGCCAGUAUGAGGUCAGGAGUGCACUGCUGUGUGAAACACUAAGCUUGAAGGACCACAUUAGAUGUUAGACUGGCGAUGAGAAAGGACCAUUUGUCCCCAGGACUGCUCAGGCUUUUCAGUAGCAAAGGCCAGACAAUUUUUCCGAUAUCCCCCUGUGAUAGAAAAUUGGCUGUUCCAUUCAGUGGAUGACAAAACCUUAUAUCAAAUAUCUUUUUAUGGUGUGACUCAGUCCCUUAUUAUUAUUAGAAAAAAAGUGGUUGCUGGAAUUUUGUAAUAAUAUUUUAACAAUUUUAAAUAUGAUAUUAAUAUUUGAAAAGUAUUUUAGUUCUUGCAGAAACCUUCAAAGAUGUCGUGGUUGUGCCAAUAUUCUUAAUAGGUAUUCACAUAUUCAUUUGCCUAGUGAAAAGAUUAACCUUUUAUAGAUAAAUGCUUAAUAUAAGAAUGUGGGAAUGAUAGUGAUGGUGUGCUUCUUCUGCAGUGGUUUGAAAAGUGUCUCACUUGCUGAUUCUUCUGCCAUGACACACACAAAAAAAAUGUUUGUCUCCAAAGUGAUUUGCUAAAAUGAAUUCAUUUGUGUGAUUGUUUGUUAUCAGAGUAUUAUUGUAUUAUCAUAUUUGUAACUUAACACAAAUGGUGCUAACUUCUGUACAUCUUUAAGAACUAUACGCCUUCUCAACUCCUGUUUAAAUAUUGUACCCCAAUAAGCUUUCUCACGCCUGUGUGUGAGUCAUGUGUUAAAUAUGUGCGUUUCAGUAUGCUAGUGUGUGUUAUGGCUCGGAAACACAGCCACAUUCUGAAAACUGUGGAAGAGGGUGGGUGUGGACUUGUUUGGGGGAUCUGUGGUACAAGAAACAGCUUUGGGACUGUAAGGCCACAGUUUGACUACUCCACUACACCACUGCUCUGAUCUAGUGCCCUCACCUGGAUGGGUUACAUGCAGUCAGCUAAUUCCUUGUACGCGUGUACAUAUAUACAUGGUUAUUUAAUUAUGGAGAUUUAAAAGAGAUUCCAGUAUGCUGUGUGGUGUAUCAGUGUAAACAUUAACUGUACAGACCCUGUGUCGUCUUUUACUCUCCAUUCCCUCAGGGAUGAUGUUUGGUACAAAUGAGCUCCUAAGUAAGACAGACUGUUACAGGUGUGUGUGGUGAGGUCACGCUGUGCUUUGCUGUUAGUUAACAUGAUUCUGGUUCCUGCAUUCACUGCCUUUGUGUUCGGAGGGUUUAUUUAAAUACAAUUGUAAGCCCUUCAGAUUCAUAUUUAAGGUAUUUCUGUAUGCUUACUACUUCAUAUCAGCACUGGAAAAUAAAUAUUUUGAUG